AUGUCGAAGAAGAACAAGGGGAAGAAGGUCGCCGACCCCAAUGAAACGUCCAAGCUCCUAGCCGCCAAAAUUUCGCAGUUGGAACAGGAUGCUGCUGGAGAAAAGGACCAGGAAAUGGAGAUUGAGCGCGAGGUCAAGAAGGCUACGAGGGAUUUGAACCAACUUCUCAGUAACAUCGAAUCACCCAUGACCCGUCUUGAAACCGUUCAUAAGAAAUAUACGGAGCUUCUGGCCGAUAUGAAGAAACUCGACCGCGACUAUGCCAAAAGCAGGAAGCGUGCCGAUCAGCUGCAAAAGGAUCAGGACAAGGGAAAGUCGGAGUUGAAUAAAACUGUGACGAUGAAGGAUAAGCUGGAGAAGUUGUGCAGAGAACUCACCAAGGAGAAUAAGAAAGUCAAAGAUGAAAACAAGAAGCUCGAUGACAAUGAGAAGAAGGCACGGAUGAUCGUCAACGAACGACUCGAUUCACUCUUGUACGAUAUUCAAGAUGUCAUGGCUGCUAAUAAGGGGAAUCCCCGCAACGAAAAGCUGGACAUUGACUUGGAUGAGGCUCUACGCACCAAGAUAAAAACAAUUGGCGAAAAGUUUGAACUGCGAGAGUUGCAGUACAAGUCCAUCCUGCGCAGCAAAGACGCUGAAAUUCAAUCGCUCACUGCCAAAUACGAGGAACAGCGCCGUGCGACUGAGAACGAAGCUGCUCGUUGCCGCGCGCUGAGCUCCCAAGUCUCUACUUUCUCGCAUACCGAAGCGGAAUUACGCAGCCAGCUUAAUAUUUAUGUGGAGAAGUUCAAGCAGGUCGAGGAUACCCUCAACAAUAGCAACGAGCUUUUCUUGACUUUUCGGAAGGAGAUGGAGGAGAUGUCCAAGAAAACGAAGCGCCUGGAGAAAGAAAAUCUGACUCUCACUCGCAAACAUGACCAGACGAACCGCAACAUUCUCGAGAUGGCCGAAGAGCGCACGCGAAAUCAUGAAGAGCUUGAAAAAUGGCGGAAGAAGAGCCACCAUCUGGAAGCACUAUGCCGACGAAUGCAAGCCCAAGGUCGCGGUCAGAGUCUUAAUGCUGAAUUAGAUGGUGAUGAUGAAGGCACUGAAAGCGAAUACGAUGAGGAUUACGAAGACGAGGAAGAUGAUGAGGGACUCAGUGACGAAGACUAUGACUUCGACAACGCAGAUCGGCCUAUCAAUGGCGAUAGGAUCGUCCAACAACCACCCGAGAAGCCUGUGUUUGGGCCUCCACCUCCGCCUAAUCUUGCCGAAGCUCGCGCAAAUGGAACUAAGGCAGUGGUAAAUGGGUGCCAUUAG